ACUCCUUAAUGUGCACAAACCUAAUGAGUGCAACGAAAGGAGACCUUGCAAUAAUUGGAAAUGACAUAAAAAACGACAUGGAAGGAACAUUGGUAGAGACCACGAGAAAGGGAGUUAUCAAAGCUAUGCAGGAGUCCUAUGCUUUCUCCUGGUCUGGUACCAUAAUUGAAGGUGUUCUCGUUAACCUUGGGAUCACAGAGUAUCAUUUUGGAAAGGGUGCUUUUUCCGACAUCUUUUAUUCAGUUGUUUUGCCUAAAGGAUCGUUAAUGACAAAAGAAUUUACUAAGGCAAUAAGACAGUUGAAUGAAGGAGGCUUGAUAGACAAAUGGAAAAGGGACGUACUAGAUCAGAGAGCUCGAGAAAAAGCUUUCUCAAAGAAGAAUAACAGCACACCAGUGUUGGCCUCAGUGAAUCAGGGAGGACCGCGUCCUUUAACUCUAGAGGAUGUACAGGGUAGUUUUAUUCUUCUCUCGGUAGGCCACGGGAUAUCCAUUGUUGUGUUUCUCUUGGAACUAUUUCAUUCUUGGUAUAAAAUGAAAUCCCGUAAAACAACUAAAAUGAGUACCAUCCAAAAACAGCCUGUUGGUGUACGUGGAUUAACCUUAUGGAACGAACAGUAAAUGUAUUAGUAAUCUUACUGUUUUUAUUCACUAUUUACAACAUCAGUAACCAUAGAAGCUUCCUAGAACACACCGAUAGUAUUCACAUUGUAAGAAACUUUAAGACGUAUAUACUUGUAAGACAAAAAUUAAGAGAUUCUGUUUGAUGUAGUGUAGUAUGUAACCAUUACUUUCUGUGUGUACUUAUUUAAGAAAAUCUUCAAUAGAGAGAAGCAAAUCAACUUUAUAAUUCACAUGGUAGAAUAAAUAGUUACUGUUUCUAAUAUAUAUAUGCGGUAUAUUCAAAAUUGCAAGGAAUGUUUAUGUAAUUAA